GGCCGAGCUCAUCCGCGCAUUACCUAUCAAUGAGGCCUGCUAACAACCUGCUCUUCACGGCCUGUCCUUGUCUCGCAUGAACCGCAACCUUUUCUCCCUUUUUCAACGUAUCGGAUUCAAAGUAACCUCUUCCCCGGGGUAGGCUAUCAUCUCGUGUGGCCAAUCCUAAGCGCCACGGGAAACGUAGAUAAUUAUGGGACGACACGCCCGAGGAACGAAAUGAGAGAAGAGGAAAUAUCAAGCAACUUGCGCAUGACCUACAACGUUUGUCGCCCGACCUGUUCGCAUUUAACUACCCCCAGAAGAAUUCUUGAUACCACCUCACAGGCUGGUUCUUGUGCCCUGGCGCAACAACUCGGCAGCCAUAGCUAGAAAUGGCAACAGACGCGGAUGUUGAUAUGGGAUGUGCCCCAACAGCCUCCGAUGACAUUCUAAAUGUUCCCCCAAGCGGGACGAAAAGAAACGCCGAUGGGCAGCCCAUUGAAAAUUUACCCGCAAAAAGUGAUGCGCCUCGCAGAAUCAGGGCACUUGACCCAAACGUGGUGAACAAAAUUGCUGCUGGUGAAAUUAUUGUGGCUCCCGUUCACGCUCUCAAGGAGCUCAUCGAGAAUGCGGUUGAUGCUGGGGCGACCUCUCUGGAUGUCCUCGCCAAGGACGGAGGGCUCAAGCUGCUCCAGAUAACGGACAAUGGUUGUGGUAUCCAGAAAGAAGACUUGGCCAUUCUUUGCGAGCGUCACACCACAUCUAAAAUCACCAGCUUUGAAGAUCUGGCAGCCAUUGCGACAUAUGGCUUCAGGGGCGAGGCUCUUGCCAGUAUCAGCCACAUCGCCCAUCUCUCCGUGACUACCAAGACGAAAGAUUCAGACCUGGCAUGGAGGGCCCAUUACCUUGAUGGGAAGCUUGCUCCGGCAAAGCCUGGCCAGUCGGCAGAGCCCAAAGGUAUUGCAGGUCGUCCUGGGACACAAAUCACAGUGGAAGACCUUUUCUAUAAUAUCCCGACUCGAAGAAGAGCCUUUCGCUCGCCGGCUGAUGAGUUCAACAAGAUAAUCGAUAUGGUUGGUCGGUACGCUGUGCACUGCAAAGGCGUUGGAUUCACUUGCAAGAAGGCAGGCGAAGCCUCGACAAAUUUAUCAAUACAAGCUCAGGCUACAGUCAUUGAUCGCAUUCGUCAAAUCCACGGCAGUGCUGUGGCGAACGAGCUUUUGGAGUUCUCAGUCGCCGAAGACCGUUGGGGUUUCAAAGCUGAGGGUUUCACAACCAACGCAAAUUACUCGGUCAAAAAGACAACACUUCUGCUAUUCAUCAACCAUCGAUGUGUAGAAUCAACCCACAUAAAGAAGGCAAUUGAGCAAACCUAUGCUAAUUUCUUGCCUAAGAACGGCCAUCCAUUCAUCUACCUUAGUCUUGAAAUCGAACCUGCUCGGGUGGAUGUCAACGUUCAUCCAACAAAGAGAGAGGUUCACUUUCUCAACGAAGAUGAGAUCAUUCAAUCUAUAUGUGAGCAUAUCGAGUCUAAACUUGCUGCAGUGGAUACAAGCCGGACAUUCAUGACACAGACACUUCUUCCUGGUGCAAAAGUGAUCGAUUCCACCCCACAAACAGACAGUGACGGCACGCCGGGUCGAAGAACUCCAGCAUCAAAGAAGCGAAGAUACUCGAAUGACCUAGUGAGGACGGAUACAACUGAGCGGAAGAUUACAUCUAUGUUUGCCCGAGCUGGCCCAAGCGAGUCGACUGGCUCUAUGGACCACACAGUGGAAACAACCACUGCCCCUGAAGCUCAUGAAUACGAGAUGGUUGACCGCGAAUUGGUGCAAUGCCGACUGAACAGCGUAAAAAAGUUGAGAGACGAAGUCAGAGAAGAUACACACCACGAUCUAACCGAGAUAUUUUCCAACCAUACUUUCGUCGGUAUCGUGGAUGAACAAAGACGGCUGGCAGCAAUCCAAGGCGACGUCAAACUGUAUCUGAUCGAUUACGGCCGAACUUGCUACGAGUAUUUCUACCAAUUGGCACUCACGGAUUUUGGUAAUUUUGGUGCCAUCAAAUUCAACCCCUCAUUGGACCUUCGCGAGCUGCUUCGAGGGGCAGCGGAAAUGGAGAGGAGCUCUAUAACCUCACCCGAGGAAGAUUUUGAAGUCGAAACCUUGGUAGACCGGGUAGCUGAUCAGCUCAUCGAGCGCCGCGAGAUGCUUCUUGAGUACUUCUCUCUCGAAAUAUCACCUGCUGGCGAGCUCGUUUCAUUACCAUUACUAUUGAAGGGGUAUACGCCACCUCUCGUUAAACUCCCUCGUUUCCUCCUCCGUCUUGGCCCUAGUGUUGACUGGACUGAGGAGAAGGCCUGCUUUGACUCUUUCGUACGCGAACUAGCCACCUUUUACGUUCCAGAACAAUUGCCAAGUUUGCCUGGUGAUGCAGACAGUAUUCGCGAGGAGCAUAUCCCAGAAGAGUUGCGGGCAAGGCGCCAGCAUAUCAGACACGCUGUUGAGCAUGUCUUCUUUCCGGCAUUUAAAGCCAGAUUGGUAGCGACCAAGUCGCUGAUGGAAGAUGGAGUUCUGGAGGUUGCAAAUUUGAAAGGCCUUUAUCGGGUUUUUGAACGGUGUUAAGAGAGGCCAGUUUGCUCUAGACGUGGGAUAUAGUGGUAUGUUAUUUCGGGACUGCUAAGAUUUUGAGAUCAACGGUUUCAGGGGCCUUGGUGCAAGGCGCUGGGGCCAAUCUAAAGGCACCAAAGAUAAAUUCAGUACAAUAAUAGUUCAAAGAUUCACAAGGGACGUAUGGUAGGUACCAUGGGCAAAGAAAUGGGAGGUGAAUCAGAAAUGGAUCAAAUUUCUAUAG